AUGCUGGGCACAGUUGACGAUUUCUGGAACAUGGUGUGGUCUGAGAACAACAGGCUUCUGGUCAUGAUGUGCAGACUGGUGGAGCGAUGUCAGAACCAAAGUUACAAGUACUGGCCUGACGUCGGUGAUUGUAUCGACGUGGACAACAUUACAGUCAGCACAGAUAUAGAGGAGGAGAGAGCCACAUACGUUGUUAGGAAGUUUUCGUUGCGUCAUAGCAAGACAGGUGAGAUGAGACAGGUUACACAUCUACAGUUCACAGCCUGGCCUGACAACUCUCUGCCUUGUGUUUCAACUUUCGUCAGUUUUUGGAAAACCUAUAGAAGAUUAAAGGCCUCCACAGCGCCAUCUCUGGGCCCACCACUUAUACUGUGCAG